CUCGGGGGGGGUCUCGGAGGGGUCGGUGCGAAGCCACCAGUCCCAGGCCCGCCCCGCUGAGUCACCGCCCGUCGGGGGGAACGGGGCGGGGCCGCUGGUACGGGGGCACCGCGCUGAGCCGAGUGGGCUGCGAGGUGCCGAGGGGUGCUGAGCAGAGCCGAGCCGAGCCGUGCCAGCGGAGCCGAGCGGUGCCGUGAGGAGCCGAACCGGGCUGUGGGGAGCCGGGCGGUGCCGAGCCGAGCCCGCCUCGAGCCCAGGCUCUGCUGUCACCUUGAAGGCCAAGCCAAAGCAGAAAGCUGCCCGGGAUGAAGGUCUUCCUUUUGCUCCUUCUCUCCCCCCUCCAAGGGGUGGGAGCCAGUGGCCACAAGGAAGAGGAUUUCCACUUCUGCGGGGACCGAAACCAGACCCAGAGCAGCUCCGUCAUUUACGAGCACGGCCCUGCCACCAUCUCCAUCGAGAACACGGCCCAGGCACUGACAAUAAGGAGGCCCUUUUUGCCAAACAGGAGAAACUCUUACUACAAGUACAGCUUGCCCCCUACCUUGGGCAGGUACCGCUUCUGUGUCUACUGGUUCCAGGCCAACAGGACCCUGCGGUUGGUGUAUGGGAAGCAGAGCAUCCUCCUGGGUGGGGACCCAUCCAGCAGCAUCACCAAGGGACAGGAGAGUCAGAAGACUGAGAGAACCAGCAUGGUCAUCUUCAAUGUGUCCUACAUCUCAAAGGAUGGGAAGAACACCUCCCUCGAUGCUAGCGCUGAAUACUUCUUCCCUGCCUCUCCAGAGAGCAUGCCUGUCUGGGAGCAAGAUGUGGAGGAGCAGCUCAGUGCCCUGGACAGCCUCAUUGCCCAGCCCCCGGCACCAGCCCCGGGAGCCACGGAGCAGCAGACGCUCCGGCGCAAACUCGGGGAGCUGGAGAGGACCCUGGCCAAGGUGGAGCUCGAAGGGCAGAACCAGACCUUCGGGAAGGCCACGGUGCAUGUGACUGUCCUGAGGGUCCAGCCCACUGAGGAUCCUCAGCACCUGGCCUUUGCUUCCCAGAGAGAGGAGGGUGGAGAGGUCCACGGGUUCACAGUGGACCUGCCAAGCAGCCUGUUCAUGAUGGUGAAGGACAGGGAGGAGGUGGCGGAGCACAGGGUGCUCCUCAUGGACAUCAACAACCAAACCAUGUUCCAGGAUGAAAACAGCAGCCACGUCCUGGGUGACAAGGUAGUCAGCAUCUCCCUGGUGGACACAGUGGUAGCCAACCUCUCUGACCCAGUGGUCCUCACUUUCUUCCAUGACCAGUUGCCGAGGAACAUGACCCCACUGUGUGUCUUCUGGCAGGAGGACAUCACUGGUGAUUCUGGGAGCUGGGACAGCUAUGGCUGUGCCACAGUGACAGGGAGCAGCCAGACCGAGUGCAGGUGCAACCACCUCACCUACUUUGCCGUGCUGAUGGUAUCCUCCCCAGAGAUCACCCAUGUGCACAGGCACUACCUGAGCAUCAUAACCUACAUCGGCUGCCUGAUCUCAGCUUUGGCCUCCAUUUGCACCAUCGUCUUCCUCUACUUCAGAAGCAAACAGCGAGACCAGAUCACGAGCAUGCACAUCCACAUGAACCUGCUGGGCGCCAUCUUCCUGCUGGAUAUGACCUUCCUCAUCUCCGAGCACUUGGCCUCCAGCGGCAGCGAGGCGAUCUGCAGAGCUGGGGGGCUCUUUCUGCACUUCUCCCUCCUGAGCUGCCUCACCUGGAUGGGCAUCGAGGGCUACAACCUCUACCGGCUCGUGAUCGAAGUGUUCAACGCCUACCAUGACCACUUCCUCCUCAAGCUCUGCCUGGUGGGCUGGGGAUUCCCCUUCCUCUGUGUGAUGCUGAUCUUCCUGGCCAACUGGACCAACUACGGCCCCUUCUCCGUCCCGGUCUAUGAGUCCAUUGGUGGCAAAUCCACCAACGCAACCAUCUGCUGGAUCACCAGCCCCCUGAUCCAUAACAUCGUGAACCUGGGUUUCUUCAGCCUGGUGUUCCUCUUCAACUCGGUCAUGCUGGGGGCCAUGGUCCGGGAGAUCCUCCGGCAGAACAAGAAAGGCCACAAGCUCAAGCAUGUCCUGGCCCUCUUGGGGCUGAGCAUCCUGCUGGGCAUUCCCUGGGCACUGAUCUUCUUCUCCUUCACCUCUGGCGUCUUCUGCCUUGUCUCCCUCUACAUCUUCACCAUCAUCAACUCCCUCCAAGGCUUCCUCAUCUUCCUCUGGUACUGGACUAUGGUGCUGCAGGCGAGGAAGUCCCCUGACUCGCAGUGCAGCUCUGACAGUGUCAAGCUGCAGCCCAACAGCAGCCACAUCGGCUGAGCCCCGCUGUGGCCGUGCCAUGCCGGGGCUCCCUGCGCCGAGGACGGCCACGGGAAGGACUGGCUCCAUCUGCUUUGCUACUGUACCCACCCCAUAGGGCUGUGAGGAGCCCAGGGACCUGCAGCGGGACCAGCCGCCCCUCUCCUCUGCCAGCCCCCUCCCCAGUUUUCCCACCCACCGCAUCCUGACUGGCUUGGCACCUUUGGGGCAGAAAGGAGGGAGGGAAUAUUUGCCUGGGCAGUGGGGGCUGCAAAAAGUGGA